UAGAAAUAUUUGAGUUACUCAGAUUUACUUCAUUUUUUACUUACAUUUACUCAAUUUAAACAGUAUAUUUCAUUGAUUUCACAGCUUUAAAAUUUUAAUUGUUUCACCAAAUAAAAUCAGUAAAUCACAGUUAAACUUUAGAGUGUAGGAUUUUUUUUCAGUCGCCCUACAAUACCGCUCUCGAGCCAACAGAGGACGACGUGAGGCCACGAUAAAAGCAUCCUGAAGACGCAAGUUCAAUAUAUGCGCUCAUAUGAUCUCCUAUUUUGUGCUAUAACAUAACAUCAAGAUGUGCAUAGCAUUACAGGUAUAUGUGUACGAAAACUGCAGACAUCCAUAAGCCGUUGCAAAACCUUUUUUUCUUACAUGUAGGCCUACUAUAUAUUUACAUAUACGCAUUUGGCAGAUGUUCAUAUCCGGAUGCGACCACUACCGUGCAUUCAUGGUAUAGCUACACUUUGCAUCUGUACCUGUGUGAACCCAUGGCUGAUAACCGAAUAUAACCAGAGUCACUCAACUUAAAAAAAAACAAUAAACUCGUGCACCUCCAACUGGCAUUUUACAAGUUUCAUUCAAUAUUUCAACAUCAUUGCACAGGUCUGUGCGGUUGUUCUUAAGAUAUGUGUGUGGGUGCUAUGAGCUGUAAUUUGACCCUCUUCGGCAGUAUUCAUCGACAAGACAUCGUUCGAUAUAGUGAAACGUCACCAAGCCCCACCUCACUCACAGUUUCACAUUUGAUAAGUGACAUGAGGCUAAAUUUCCACAGAAAAUCUUUCUGCAAUACACGCCUGCGUCAUCACAUCUUCCCAAAUGAGAAUUUUAAACUAUUGAUUUUAUUUAUUUAUUCUUCGUUUAAAAGGCAAAACGUGAGCACAGAAUGAGAGGAGUUGUGACUGCUUGCUGUUUAAGUGUUCUUCUGUGUUUAGUGGCUGUGGUUGAAGGUGACGAAGACUACACUGAGGAUGAAGAGAUGAUAUUGUCUCUCAUUCUGCAGGAUGACAGUCAGCCUGAAGCAGACAGCGGACCCUCUGCCCAGUUUUACAGGUGCACUAAGGACGCAUGGCGCAUGCCAGGACAGUAUAUUGUGGUGAUGCGGAACGGAACGCACGUAAACCAGGUGGAGCGCACCGCGCGCAGACUCCGCGCAAAAGCGGCAAAACGCGGAUACCUGAUCGAAAUCACGCACAGCUAUUCUGGAGUAUUCAACGGAUUUCUAGUUAAGAUGAGCAGCGAUGUUCUUCACAUGGCAGUAAAGCUGCCUCAUGUGGAAUACAUAGAAGAGGAUUCCUCUAUCUUUGCUCAGAGCAUCCCCUGGAACCUGGAGCGCAUCACUCAAAACAAGCACGAGACUGGAAAAUACUCACCACCCAAUGAUGGUGCACAGGUGGGGGUAUUUCUCAUGGACACAAGUGUUCACUUAAGUCAUCGUGAGAUUGAGGGCAAAGUGAUGGUGACAGACUUCAACAGUGUGCCAGAGGAGGAUGGGGUCAGAGUUCACAGACAGGCUAGUCAGUGUGACAGUCAUGGCACACACAUAGCAGGCGUGGUAAGUGGGCGGGACUCAGGUGUGGCUCAGGGUACCAGUUUAAACAGCGUUCGAGUUUUGAACUGCCAAGGGAAGGGUACCGUGUCAGGAGCUUUGGCAGGUCUGGAGUACAUUCAGUCAUCACUGACGGCCCAGCCCAUCAGCCCUGUGAUUCUGCUGCUGCCGUUUGCAGGAGGAUUUAGUCGAACUCUCAACACCGCCUGCAGAAAAAUGGUCGAAUUUGGUGCUAUAGUUAUUGCUGCAGCUGGUAACUACAAAGAUGACGCUUGCCUAUAUUCACCAGCCUCUGAGCCUGAGGUGAUAACAGUUGGGGCUGUUAAUUUUGCUGAUCAGCCAGUGACCACAGGGACGACAGGCACUAACGUGGGCCGCUGUGUGGACGUGUUUGCACCUGGUGAUGACAUCAUCAGUGCGUCCAGUGACUGCCCCACCUGUUUCACCACCAAGAGUGGAACGUCACAGGCAGUGGCACACGUCGCUGGUAUAGCAGCGGUGCUCCUCAACCUUAAUCCAAACUCCAGCUCAGCUGAGGUUCUGCAACAGCUUCUCUAUCAUUCAGUGAAAAAGGUCAUGAAUCCGGAGUCUCUACCGCAGAACCACCGUCUCACUACACCCAACAUGGUGGUCGCCCUGCCCGAUCCCACCUCCACACUCACAGAGGAGGCUCUGCUCUGUCGCUCCGUGUGGUCUGAGAGGUCUGGGGUCAUGGGUUUUGCGACAGCUGUGGCCCACUGUCGCCACGGUGAAGAGAUGAUGAGCUGUUCCAGUUUCUCACUUAAGGGAGUACGAGCUGGAGAAAGAAUGGAAGAGAGAGAUGGAAAGAAAGAGUGUGUUGCUGUCAAUGGAAAUGGAGGGCAAGGUGUGUACGCUGUCGCUCGCUGCUGUACAGGCCAUAAUGCUCAAUGCCAGAUGCUGGAGAGUCCACAGAAAGGAGUACAUGCAGAAUGUCUCAACGCAGAUCAUCAGCUCACAGGCUGCAGUUUUUUCUCUUCAUCCGGAGAUGUAUUGGACUCUGAUCGACCUCUGCAUGGCAGCCGGAGGUCAUGUCCAGCUAGAAGGGGUGUGAUGUCCUACGCCUCCUGCUGCCACGCCCCCUCUAUGGAGUGUCACGUGAAAGAACAUGACUCAACGGGUUUGAACGAACAGGUGGAGGUUUCAUGUCAUGAUUCAUGGACAUUAACAGGCUGUCAGGCUCUGUCACGUGGUUCUUUCAUUCACGGUGCAUACAGCCUGGGAAACACUUGUGUAGUUGUAACAUCUGGAGGGGGUAGAAGUGCUGCGGCCAUCGCCACCUGCUGCAGGCACCGCCCCCUCCAGCGGCCUGAUGACAUCACGACCACUGAAGAUAUCCCUGACGUCUGAGGGGGGAUUAUGUAUGUUUGUACCAUUUUCCUGUCUGCUGUCUGGACAUAGCCAUAGACAUAACUGCAAUAUAAUACGAUGGUGCGAGUUUAGCCAGGAAGGAAUACUAUAUGAUUAAAAGUCAUAAUAUAUUCCUUUUAACUAUAUAUAGAAAUUAUUGUAGCGUUCGCUGUUAAGAACGCUGUAAUAAAUUGCAUUUUUUAAAAACUUCCAUUCAACCCUGUUACCAGCAUUAUUGUACAAAUAUAUUUACUUGUGUAAAAUAUGGAUAAGUGAAAAUACUGUAUCAUAACUACAAACCAACAUGUUGUUGUUACAUUUACACAUUUGGCAGACAAUUUUACAGUACAUGCAAAGCAUACAUUUGAUCAGUAUACUGUAUGUUGGCCAUAUUGAGCUUAAUUGCGCAAAAAGUCUAACCUUGUUAUCUAUUCUAGUGUAGUUUAAGUUUAAUUCUAUACAGUUUGUGUAUAUUGCUUGAAAAUAACAAAUUAUGGUUAAAAACUGCAUUUAGACAGUUCCAAGUAGUGGUAACAUGGUUGUAACAGGGUUGAAGUUACCUGCAGAUUUGUUUAGUAAGAUCAUCUUCUUCGUUGCAUGCACCUGUAGAAUUAUUUUUGUAAAUAUAUUUGACAUGAUCUGUUUUAUACAAAGUAACACUUCAUUAAUCAUCAACAAAACAAACUUGUACUUAGACACAGUAACUCGACACACAAAAUCACACGGCAUGUGAAAAGUUGUGCAUUCCAGUUUUAUCCGUUUUAUAUCAAAUGUUUUCGUGGUCAAACUCUGAUGUACAAAUUAAAAUGUGGUUAUACCAUGCAUGAACAGAUUUCUUUACACACCGUACACACUUGCAGCGUGAAUCAGAGUCACCAGUUAUUAAAAACCACUUUCUUUAACCCUGUCCUAACACCAAUCUUAAAAACACAAGCCUGAUCAAAGAUCUACUGUGAGGUUGGUACAGCUUCUCCAGGUGUAGGAAAAGUUGGGAAAAGGAAGGGUAAACGUAUAGUUUUAGCACACCCUGUCGCUCGAGUCACCCUACCCCCUACGAACUCCAUAGGACUGAAAACCAAUGCAGGCAGUUGAGCUGAAAUAUGUGAUUAAUUAUAUGUGCAUAAUUCGGCAAAUAAAAUAGAGGUGCCUUGUAGGAAGGCACUGAUCAGAUGAAUUACUCCCUCAAUCUUUAUUAAACCCAGUCUUCAGGCAUGUUAGCCUAGGAUUAUCCUAAAACCCAAACCACCAAUGAACCACAGUCGAUUGCCAGUUGAUUCAUUCAAAGGCAGUUGUGAAUACUGCAGUGUUUUGCUGACGUUUAAAAGGCCGACACCAUGGAAAAGAAUCAAAUAAUCCCGCUGUAAAAAACAGCCUAAACCAAUCUGGUGGUCUCCAGUCUGAUCUUCGGGUGGUCUCCCAUUUUGGCCGAGCUGACCUUCUAGGUCUCCUAGACUGAUCAAGCUGUUUUAUUCAGCUCAUAGUCUCUCACACAAGUCGUGGACAGACAUGCAAAGCAGCAGAGCAAGAAAAGCAACAACGUGAAAGUUGAUGACCAAGUGAGCAGAUAAAUGUGAGGUAAAGAUCAGCGCGUGGUUCACACUUUCAGCAAACGAUUGUGAAGUGGCGUUGAGGUCUUUCCGCUGUAAACAUUAAAUGUCGCAAAGUGUCCUACUCUAAACUUAACAAAAUUACAUACAAAAUAAGCAGCAAACAUUAGCUGGAUCGAUCGGCCGGCUUCAGAGACGCGCACGAGGCGCUGCGUGCGUCCGUUUCCUCAGCUGAGGCAUCGCUAAAUUCCAACUUGCGAGUGUGUGUGUUGUUUUAGUAACGGUGAGUGAGUUCAGGCGAUGCACAGCGUGUCCAAAUGUUUGACUCGAGGUCAGAGCACAAGCAAGUGUGGGGGGAAGAGUCGAAUAAAGGCACUUUACUGCUCUCCGAGAUCUUCCCAUCACUCUCUUUCCCUCCAUCUCUUUAAACCAGUCUGAGCUGGUUUCGCCUCUCCAAAAAAGAACCAGCUUGACAAGGAUGAGAUCCAGCUUAGUUUGCUUUAAGAUAUUUUUUUUAUCGGCAGGUCAUUUUUUUCUGCGCUAUCCUUACCUCAUCCUUCAACUCAUCUCAAUUCGCAUUGUGCACAAAGAUGCAAGCAUACAAACAAAACAAAACGAUUUGGCAAAAUAAACCCCUGAAAAGCAUCUCCAUGGUCAGUUCAGAGUCCCUUGCUUAUGAAUUGUGCUGCUAAGACAAGCACCUGUACCCUUUCCGGACAACCACUUCAGAGCGGCACGUGACAGACAGACAUAGUGAGAGACGCUUUGUGAAUGAUACAAGCAAUAAACUGCCGAUUGUUGCACAUUUUACAGCACCGCACACAAUAGUGUUUCUCUGCAUUUCUCAUAUUUCUGUGUCGAGACGGUGCUUGCAUAUCUCUUGGGGUGCAUCUUUGUUGAUCUGCCACCAUAAGGUUAGUUCAGAUGUUCGCUGUAAUAUUUCUUUCCUGCAUACAGAUUGUGUCGUCUUGGGCCUGGUUUCCCUGCAUGCUGUUAGAUCUCCAGCAGUGAAAUUGGAAUUUGUCACCAUUGUCGCAAACUGAAUUCAUUAUAUAAAGUGCAUUUA